UUUCAAAAGAAGAAGAGAAAUUGACGUUUCUCUUUCGUUUAUAUGUCAAUUUGUGGGUUUCCAAAAUGGGAGCUUACAAAUACAUCCAAGAACUGUACAGGAAGAAACAGAGCGACGUUCUCCGAUUUCUGUUGAGAGUUAGGGUAUGGCAAUAUCGUCAGCUAACAAAGCUUCACCGAGCUCCGAGGCCCAGUCGGCCAGACAAGGCCCGUAGGCUGGGAUACAGAGCGAAGCAAGGAUUUGUUAUUUUCCGCAUUCGCGUACGUCGUGGCGGUCGCAAGCGUCCCGUACCUAAAGGCGCCACUUAUGGCAAACCCAAAAGCCAUGGUGUUAACGAGUUGAAACCUGUGCGUAACUUGCAGGCGAUUGCUGAGGAACGUGUCGGCAGAAGAUGUGGUGGCCUAAGGGUUUUAAAUUCCUAUUGGGUUGCCCAGGACUCUUCAUAUAAAUAUUAUGAAGUGAUUUUGGUUGAUCCCUCUCAUAAUGCAAUAAGACGUGACCCCAAAGUUAACUGGAUAGUGAAUGCCGUCCACAAGCAUCGCGAGCUCCGUGGCAAAACAUCAGCAGGUCGGUCGUCCCGGGGUUUGGGCAAAGGUCACAGGUAUUCUCAGACCAAGGGCGGUUCACGCAAAGCAGCCUGGCUCAGAAGGAAUUCCCUGCAGCUGCGUAGGAAGCGUUAACUUAUGUUUUAUAUUGUUCGACUAUAAGGAAAUAAAAGCCACAAAUCUG